GUCAUUGUUCUUCUUCAGCUUAAUGUGACGACGAUGAAGAUGGCUGCUGCGUUCAUUGUCUCUGCGCUUCUCAUCUGCUGGUCCUUCACUUCCUGCACGGCAACACCAGAUGCUGGUUGUGAACAGUAUGUUCCAGCAGGGGACGACUUCACGGUGCACCUUCCAAUCAAACUGAAAGCCAUGGACAGAUUAGCGUGGAAACGUAACGGUGAAAACAUAUUUAAAAGACAUAAACAUUUGAUGAUCGUGGGGAAGGAUGAGGACAUCUCUGAGGACGGAUCUCUGAGGCUGAGGCAAGUGACAAAGGAAAUGGAGGGGACUUACAAGGCCGAGGUCCACACUGAAGCUGGGAAAAUAAAUGGGACGUACGAAAAGGUCCUGUGUGUGCAAGAACGCGUCAAGAUACCCACAAUAAAGCAUGUCUGUGAAUCAGAGAUGGUCAACUUCACCUGCGGAGGUAAUCAGGUGGAAGGUGUGAGCUACAAGUGGUAUAUGAACGGCAAAGAGUUGAAGGACAAAGUCAAGUCUGUGAAACUCUUGGUGAAGGAGGAGAGAGUCUUCUGCACCGUGUCUAACAACGUCAGCAACAUGAGCAGCGAGGCCAGCAGUCAGGACUGUAGGAAGUCAGUGUUUGACUUACCUGAAGUUAUUCCGGGGAUAAGCACCUGGGUCCUUGUGGGCGUUGGAGGAGGAGUUGUUCUGAUUCUGUUGAUCGUCGUCAUUGUUUGCUGCAUUCUGACCAGGCGGAGACAACACAUGCACGUGAAGGAUGAGGAGGAGCUUCGUUUGGGCUGGACCAAUCCCAACCAACAUCCUCAUCAGCACCAUCCUCACCCGUCCAAUCAACAACAUCCUCAUCAUUCUCACCCGGCCAAUCAACAACGUCCUCAUCAUCACCAUUCUCACCCGCCCAAUCAACAACAUCCUCAUAAUCAGCAGCCGGCCGGUCACACCGGGCCACGCCCACAUCGCAACAAACAGCAGCGCCAAAGAAACCCCAACCAGCCCAGUGCUCAGCCUCAGCCCAGCCCCCGACGGCAGCUCCCCCGAGAGCCUGAUGAAGAGCAGCCCCCUCCUCUUCCUCAGCCCAGGAAGAACGCUCCCCGAGUGUGACUCCACCAGAAGCCUCCCCUCGUCCUCCUCGUCUCUGCCCCUCCUCCCUGCUGAGGAUGACGACGACAAUGAUGAAUGAACUUUUUUUUAUUGAUUUUUUAUUUCUUUUUAAGCUGAACUCAAACUAAACACAAUCAAACUGUCCCUGUCCUCAUGUGAACAACAGUUCUUCAUUAUAGUCUUUUCUUUUUUUUUUUUAUCUUCUUCUUGCCUGAUGAUUCCGCUGCCUGGAUAAAUACUCGGCUCUGAUUGGCUCUCA